AUGAGCCCUCCUAGCAGCAAGUCCGGUGCUGCGGUGCGCAACGGCACCGUCACGAUGAAGCGUUUGGUGGAUGUUCUUCUCUUCGUCGGCCCCAGCGGCUGCGGGAAGACGACCAUUAUUACGCAGCUGCAGCAGGAGUGGCCGGACUUGUUCGAGUUUAGCGUCAGCCACACCACGCGUGCGCCACGCAACGGCGAGGUCGAUGGGACGCACUACCACUUUGUGUCGCUCGAAGAUUUCAAGGCCCUCGUCAACGCCGGUGCGAUGAUUGAGUACUCCCGGCUGUCCUCCCCCGCCUCUUCCUCUCCCUCACAAGAGACAGCGGGAAGCAAGAGUGUGGGCAACGUGUACGGGACCAGCAAGAAGGCGCUGCACACAGUGCUCAGCAAUAAUAAAGUCGUGUUGAUGGACACGGACCUGCUGGGGGCCAUUCACAUGCGGCGCUACUGCGCUCACGUCGUUGUUGACGCCAGACCUGUCAUGACGUCGCGCGCAAAGACGCAAGCUACGAAGGCGACCACCACAACAGCUGCUUCUGCUCCAGUUGCUGCUCCUCCUGUGGCAGUGAACAGGAGGUACGUGGAGGUGCUGCCGGCGACCAUCACCGCAGACCGGCCGGACGUGGUGUGGCGGGUGCCGCGGCUCGACGUGUCCGCGGUGCAGCUGAAGCACUACACGGCGCUCCCUGCCGUACCGCCCGCCUUGUCGAUGCCGAACGCCAAUCGGCUGAUGCGGUGCAUGGUGAUCUUCAUUGCGCCUCCCAGCAUGCAGGUGCUGGAGGAACGGCUGCGCGAGCGCAACAGCGAGACGGAGGAGUCCUUUCGCAUGCGCAUGGAGCUCAACAUGCAGUGGAUGCAGUGGGCGCAGAAAAAUGAAAACUUUUUUGACUACUACAUUGUGAAUGACAACCUUCAGCUGUGUUACGAACGGGUGAGGAAGAUUGUCGUGGAGGAAGUGCUGGCCAUGACGAGCUCCUUGUAG